AUGUGGAAUAAUAACCACAGCUCACUUAAUGAUUUUAUCUUACUUGGGUUCUCUGACCGUCCUUGGCUUGAGACACCACUCUUUGUAAUCUUUCUAGUGGCUUAUAUCUUAGCCCUAUUUGGCAAUAUUUCCAUUAUCUUAGUUUCACGCCUGGAUGCUCAACUUCAUAGUCCUAUGUACUUUUUUGUCUCAAAUCUAUCCCUUCUGGAUCUCUGCUACACUACAAGCACUGUCCCACAAAUGCUAGUCAACCUCAGGGGACCAAAAAAGACUAUUAGUUAUGGUGGCUGCAUAGCACAACUCUACAUUUUUUUAGCGUUGGGUUCCACUGAGUGUAUACUUUUAGCUAUUAUGGCUUUUGAUCGUUAUGCUGCUAUUUGCAAGCCCCUUCAUUACCCAGUUAUCAUGAACCAAAAACGUUGUACCCACAUGGCCAUUGGGACUUGGAUUAGUGGUUUUGCUAAUUCCCUUGUCCAAUCUACUCUCACCGUAAUGACCCCAAGAUGUGGACGGAGAGUGAUGGAUCAUUUCUUCUGUGAAGUUCCUGCCCUUUUGAAACUAGCCUGUACAGAUACUCGUGUGAAUGAGGCUGAGUUGAAUGUCCUAGGGGCUUUGUUGCUCCUUGUUCCUCUCACUCUCAUUAUGGGCACUUACAUGUUCAUUGCUCGAGCAGUAUUGAAAAUUCGCUCAGCAGAGAGUCGCUGGAAAGCCUUUAAUACAUGUGCUUCACAUAUGUUAGUGGUAUUCCUCUUCUAUUUUACAGCCAUCAGUAUGUAUGUCCAGCCUCCCUCUAGUUAUUCUCGUGACAGAGGGAAGAUCAUGGCUCUCUUCUAUGGAAUUGUCACACCUACCCUAAAUCCAUUUAUCUAUACACUGAGGAACAAGGAUGUGAAAGCAGCACUUCACAGGGCACUGACUAAGGAUUUUUGGGUCAAAAGAUCUUAA